GGGAUGAGGGGUGAAAGGCCGCGGCCACUUCGGGGGGGCAAAAUGGCGACCAGAUUGAGCGGCGGAGAGAAUCGGCUGGUGUCACUGCCGUUGUCGCGCAUCCGCGUCAUCAUGAAGAGCUCGCCGGAGGUGUCCAGCAUCAACCAGGACGCGCUUUUCCUCACCGCUAAGGCCACGGAGCUUUUCGUUCAGUAUUUGGCGUCGUACUCCUACAAACACGGCAGAGGCAAGGAGAAGAACGCCCUCACGUACAGCGACCUGUCUCACACUGCAGAAGAGUGUGAAACCUUUCAGUUCCUUGCAGAUAUCUUGCCAAAGAAAAUCCUAGCUAGCAAAUACCUAAAAAUGCUUGAAAAAGAGAAGCGAGAUGGAGAACUGGGGAAAUGUGAUGAAGAGGACGACGAAGAAGAGGAUGAUGAUGAAGCUGUGGGUGAAGCUGUUGGAUCUUAAGGCUAGUGAAGAGCUACUUCAUAGUUGAUCCAUUUUCUGUUGUAUAAAGGAUGUUAUUUUUGUGACUGAGAAUCCAGAUGCUGGAUAUAUUUAUAUACUGAGCCAUCUGCUUUUGCUCUAAGAAGUUGAAAAAUUGAACUGUGUAUUUCCUGAAGAAUGGAAUUCUUCCCUCAGAAACAUGGUGGCAAGAGAAGCACUAAUGUAAAUGUGACAGCAGAACUUGCUCAGAUGACCGAAAAUGACUUCUUCAGACAAUCAUUAUCCAAACGUACAAUUCCUUACGGGCAGCUCUCAGUCCAAAAGCUCUUUUGCUCUUUAGAAGGGAGCUCUUCCCCAGUUUGUGUUUCUCAGGUGAAGGGAGGGUUUUUACCCAGGAUCUGCUACUCCUAGUCCUCAUCUGCUUGAGGAGCCAGUAAGUGAUCCAACCCUUCCGCAGCUUUCUGGAACAGUGGCAGGACAUUAGUAGUGGACCAAGCCCAAUUUUGAUAAGUGUUCUGUUUUGGUUUUGAUUUAGCUUUAAAAAGAAAAAAUAAUAAAGCUCUUGCUGUAAUGGAGCCUAAACUGGCACGUCUGCCAUUUACAGAAACUGAGUAGAGGACGAGAGCCAUUCCAACAGGGAACGUGUUUCAGCAGCUGUGCUGAUGAGCAGUAGAAGCCAUCGAUGAUAACGUAAAUGUGUGCAGAAGCUUUUCUCUGCAGUCAGUUCUUCACGCUUGCGGUUUGUCCACGGCGCUCUAACAAAGCAUGAGUUGAUUGAAGUCUGUUAAAUGUGGAUUGUUGAGAGUGAGCAACCCUUUCCCACUUGAGUGACAGAGCUGCGUGGCUGAAUUUUCUUUGUUUUUUACUUUACAAACAACUGUCCUGUGUACAACUUUAUAUGCGACUUUUUACAAUAAAUAUUUUUAGGAAAAAGUGA